CCGAAAAGAGAAUACCUCUCUCUCUCUCUCUCUCUCUCAUCUCUUCUUCUCGUCGCCUUUGCUUUUCUAGUGUAAAUCUGUCCAAGCAUGAGCUUAUCAACCACCUCUUUCGACGAAGAUCCGCUCUUCCCCUGGCUUCUGAAGAUUAGAAAAUCGACGGAAGAUGUAUGCAGUGGUAGAAGUUCCGGGGAAGAUCUCGACAAGCUUCUCUACGAGUGUAUCUCAACUUACAAGGAAGAUCCUCGCUACCGAAAUGACAUCAGAUUCCUCAAGAUCUGCUUUCUCUACCUUGAAGGCAGUGAAGAUUUCGAGAGGGUUUAUAAAGAAGUUGAGGAGAAUGAGAUAUGCAAAGGUCACUCGUUGCUCUACGAAUGGUACGCCACUUUUCUCGAGCUCAAAGGCUUAUGGAUAAGAGCACAUUUGGUCUAUCAGACUGGCCUUUCAAGGAAAGCCCAACCAUUUGACAGGUUAAAAGAGGCUCACUCCUUCUUCUUACAACGUAUCUCUAAGCGCACCAAACCAUCUCCCCUUCCUAAGGUUGGUGUUGAGACGCUUUUUGUUAACCCCUGGGAAACCUCCACUGUGAACGAUUUAAUGCUCAAGAUAAAACCCCAGCUUGUCAAAUAUGAUGGUUACUAUGCAAGCAACAAAGCUUUCCCCGCCAAACCCAACUUGUCUUCUUUCCAGAAUUUUGCAAGAAAUAAGAUCAUUGACAUAGGUGGAAGGAAGUACCAGAUCAAGGGUUGUGCUGGUCAAGGUGGUUUUGCUCAAGUGUUCAAAGCAUGCAUUGACAACAAUCCUGAUGAAAUUGUUGCUCUCAAGGUACAAAAGCCACCUUUCCCUUGGGAAUUUCACAUGUAUCGCCAGCUUGAUUGCAGGAUCCCCGAGAACCAAAGAUCAAGUUUUGGAUUGGCUCAGAGAGUGCACGUGUAUUCAGACUGCAGUGUACUUGUGUGCGAUUAUCUAUCACAUGGGACACUCCAGGACGUCAUAAACUCGUAUGUCGUUGUUGGGAAGUCCAUGGAAGAAGUUUUGUGUAUGUAUUACACAAUAGAGAUGCUGUACAUGCUGGAAACUCUGCACAGUGUUGGAAUCAUUCAUGGUGAUUUUAAGCCAGACAAUCUGCUGAUCCAAUACCCUCAGAAAAAUCUAACCGAGACAGGCUUUCAUGAGAAAACAGGCUCUUGGAGCAAUCAGGGUCUCUGUCUUGUGGACUGGGGUAGAGGAAUAGACUUGAGCCAGUUUUCUAGCACCACCCAGUUUACAGGAGAUUGUCGUACGUCAGGAUUCCGUUGCACAGAGAUGAAGGAGAACAAACCUUGGAAGUUUCAGGUGGACACUUAUGGACUCUGUGUAAUCGUACAUAUGAUGCUGCACAACACAUACAUGGAGAUCGAUAAGAAACAAUCUCUGGACGGUGGCCACGUAAAUUUGCCAAGAAGUUCCUUCAAAAGAUACUGGAACGUGGAUCUGUGGAAGGAACUGUUCACGAAGCUGCUCAACAGUAAGAUGUGUGAAGAUGACACAGAGACACUGAGGAAUCUGAGAAAGGCGAUGGAAGCGUAUAUAUGCUCUGAUCCUAAGCUCAUGGACAAGCUUAACGAGUUACUCGCCAAACAGCGUGUCUCUUUAUGCUCUUCGUAAUUAUUUCCACAUAAAAGAGUCUCUGUAAAGUCUGUUUGUGUGUGAAAAAAAAGAAAGAAAGAAGGAAACAUUCAUAGACACUCUGCUUGCCUCUCAAGUGAUGCGCAAUAUGUUAGUUUGACUAAUUGAUGUAUCUAACACAUUUCCACUGGUCCUAUUUUGUAUUUCGCGUCACAUGUAUUGCUGUAAUGCAUUGGUUAAUUUAGUUAAGAAGUCAAGUACUCA